CUGCCAGUUCCAUCAGGUUGGAGUGCAAAGAUUUUCUUUUCACAUUCGCACGGCCACAGAUUUCCCACGUUACAUAAAAUUCACAAGCCGUUUUCCAACAAUUUCCGCACUGGUUUUGGGCUAUUCUGGCUGCGCUUAAGCUGCACUUCGAGAUCCGAGUGAGCAGGAUGUGCAAGUAUCCGAGAAUCGCAUGAUUACGUGCUCCGUUCGCACAAGGGCGCCAAGAAGACGAGAAAUCGAGACCAAAACCGAGACAAAAUUCAGUUUUAUUUUCUAGAUUGCUUAACCCAAUGUGACCAAAAGUAGAGCGAAAUUCGAGAACGAUUGCGGAAUCUGGAGGCCAACGAAAUUGUUACAGCAAAUUCAGUUAAAAUCGAUAAGCUUCGCACAACUUCUUGACACCACCACCGCGGCCGCCGCCAUCCAACUCCACCACCACCGCCCUAAGCCACCACAGCACCACCAUAAGCCAUCCCACCAUCAUCAGGAGCGUCUAUAGCCAGCAUCAGCAUCCAGCAUGUCAUUCAUAGCCAAGUUGAAAGCCACGCCAUUGCCGCCCCUGAGAAACAUACUCAAUGUGGCCGUGCAAACGGCCCGACAGCAAAUUCCAGAGCGCAAGGACUACGAGCAGCCGCCGGGGAGCGCCAGCCAGCAGCACCAGCAACACAGCCAGCAGGCCCAGAGCAAGGCCAUGGAGGCGGGCAUGGACUACGGUGAGCAGACCACCGAGAUGAGCUCGAAUCCCUUCCGGAGCGCCGGCGGCUGGACGAACGAGGGCGAGGGCGAGGGCAUUGGCGAGUACAAGACCGAGUACCAGAGCACAUCCUUCAACGAGUACGACGGGAGGUACCAGCAAACGGAUGGGUUUAGGCAAGGCAGCAUCGCCUCGGAGGGCAGCUCCUUUGUGUGCGAGGGAGAAGGUGGCGGCGGCUGCAAGAUCGACGAGUUCCAGGCGGCCUGGAACGUGACAAACGCCAUCCAGGGCAUGUUCAUCGUGUCGCUGCCCUUCGCCGUGCUCCACGGCGGCUACUGGGCCAUCAUCGCCAUGGUGGGCAUCGCGCACAUCUGCUGCUACACGGGCAAGGUCCUGGUGCAGUGCCUCUACGAACCGGAUCCGGCCACGGGACAGAUGGUGAGAGUGCGCGACAGCUAUGUGGCCAUUGCCAAGGUAUGUUUUGGGCCCAAGUUGGGCGCCCGGGCCGUGAGCAUUGCCCAGUUGAUUGAGCUCCUGAUGACCUGCAUCCUGUACGUGGUGGUCUGCGGCGACCUGCUGGCCGGAACGUAUCCGCAGGGAUCGUUUGAUUCGCGGUCCUGGAUGCUGUUCGUGGGCAUCUUCCUGCUGCCCAUGGGCUUCCUCAAGUCACUGAAGAUGGUCUCGACGCUGUCGUUCUGGUGCACCAUGUCGCACAUCGUGAUAAACGCCGUGAUCCUGGGCUACUGCCUGCUGCAGAUCGGCGACUGGGGCUGGUCCAAGGUGCGGUUCAGCAUCGACAUGGAGAACUUCCCCAUCUCGCUGGGCGUGAUCGUCUUCUCGUACACCUCCCAGAUCUUCCUGCCCACGCUCGAGGGCAACAUGAUCGACCGCUCCAAGUUCAACUGGAUGCUGGACUGGUCGCACAUCGCGGCCGCCGUCUUCAAGGCGGGAUUCGGGUACAUCUGCUUCCUGACCUUCCAGAACGACACGCAGCAGGUGAUCACCAACAACCUGCACUCGCAGGGCUUCAAGGGCAUGGUGAACUUCUUCCUGGUCAUUAAGGCCCUGCUCAGCUACCCCUUGCCCUACUACGCGGCCUGCGAGCUGCUCGAGCGGAACUUCUUCCGCGGUCCGCCGAAGACCAAGUUCCCGACCAUCUGGAACCUGGACGGGGAACUGAAGGUGUGGGGCCUGGGCUUUCGCGUCGGCGUGAUUGUGUCCACCAUCCUGAUGGCCAUCUUCAUUCCCCACUUCUCCAUUCUGAUGGGUUUCAUUGGCAGCUUCACCGGCACCAUGCUCAGCUUUAUCUGGCCCUGCUAUUUCCACAUCAAGAUCAAGGGCCACCUGCUCGACCAGAAGGAAAUAGCCAAAGACUACCUCAUCAUCGGGCUGGGCGUGCUCUUUGGCGUCAUUGGCAUCUACGAUUCGGGCAAUGCCCUGAUAAAUGCAUUUGAGAUCGGUCUUCCAUUCUAAGUCGAGUGUAAACUGUCUAAUCAAAAGAUUCUUAUUUUGUGAUUCUUUGCACCUUUGGGCGCGGCAAGUCUUCCAGAUGCUCCGUCAUCAUUUGGCUGUGCCCAAAGUGCACAAGAUUCAGUUAGGCACACCGUGCUAUCGAAACGAAAGUAAAAACAAUAAUAUUAGUCUGUAAGAAACGAAACGCAAGUCUUCCAAACAAGCGAACAAAUGUCUUCCAAACAAAAAUAUAAUAAAUAUUGAUGAUUUAUAAUAUAUACAACACAUAAGCUAAGUAAAUCGAUGAAUAUAUAAGUAUAAAUAUACAUAUGUACGAAUAUGAAGAGAAAUAUUUAUUGUGUUGAUAUGCAAAAUAAGUUAUAGACAAAUUGAACAGAGCAAACAAUAAACUGCAUAUGUACACCAUUAUACAAAUACAAAUACAAAUACAAAACGAAAUGUACGAGUGUUAUAGAUA